UCUUUAGUGCAGAGCUAGGCUCGCUGCGACCAAUCUGAUGCUAGUUAGCACUAACUAUCCUGCACACUAGAAGCUCCUCUCUUUUAAACAGGGGUCACAACACCAUCGCGUCGUCAGCCAAGUCAAUGUUUUAUAACUGGCAAUCAUCAUUAUAGUGUGUAAACGGAAGUAGAACGUCUUCCAAACUCUAUCAUAUUACAGUUUGGCAUUGCUCUGCAUUGGACAUUUUACACCUUCGAGGACGAUGUUUAGGUGGGUGUGGGCGUGGGUGCUGACGAAGGCUGUGCUGGUGAUAGCAGAAUCUGGAACCAACAGCCAGCAUGACGGAUGUCCCACGGUGCCGUCCCUGCUGCAGGCUGCAGGCUUCAGCCCCUCCUGUGUAGCCACCGCCCUCACCACCUGCACCGGCCAGGCAGAACUCCAAUUCAUAUUGUUAAUACAGGAGACGAUGUCAGCUGUGAGGACAGCAAUAGAAGAAAGCACGACUAACAGGAAACGACCGCGACACUGCCGAGACCUUCUGGCCGCCGGCGACACUGGGGCCGGCAUCCGACAGGUGUACCCGUUCCUCAAGCACCCGGAUGCCUCCGUGACCGUUUACUGUGACCAAACUGUCGACGGCGGCGGAUGGACCGUAUUUCAGAGACGCCGCAACCUUACUGAACGGGAAGAUUUCUACCGAACAUGGGUCGAGUAUCAGCUUGGAUUUGGUCAUCUGGAGGGCGAGUUCUGGUUGGGUCUCGACCUUCUCCACGAACUCACUUCUGUCACUCUUCAGGAGCUGAGGAUUGACCUCAUGGAUUACGAGGGAGAACACCGAUGGGCAAAGUAUGGACGUUUCAACAUAGGGUCUCCUGACACACAUUAUCGUAUCAGCACCGGAAGGUACACGGGCAACGCAGGAGAUGGGCUGGGAGGCGCCAGGCACAACGGGUACCCCUUCUCCACCCACGAUGCUGACCAUGAUAGUCAAAGUGUAAACUGUGCUAGCACGUACCGUGGCGCCUGGUGGUAUGACAUAUGUCACAUCUCCAAUUUGAACGGCUACCAGUACGUUGGUAAACAUAACACCUAUGCAGAUGGCAUCAACUGGCAACCGUGGAAGGGCUUUUAUUACUCUCUCCGGGAGACUACCAUGAUGUUCAGACCCGCCUUCUGAAUGGAUCCUCAGUUCGGCUGCCACGAUUCAUGACUUCACGUGACCAGACCUCUCCCACAACUGCAUGGCCACACCAUCACUGCUGUUAAAUAUAUUAAGAUCCGCCGCAUUAGUAAAAACAACUUUAUGCCUCUUUAUUGAUGAUGGCUUUGAGAUUUGCUUUAUUACUCGAUGAAAUUAAACCUGUUCACAGUUUAGUCACUAAACUAAGCUUUACUCGUUCAAUACUUACUUAAAUACCCUUAUUAUUAUUAUUGAUGCAAUAUAGAAUUAGUUCAUUGGCUGCCUGCUCUUGAAACAUUGAGAAUAACAACAGAUCAUUUUAUUCGAAUAAUGACUUGUAUUGAUCAGCAAUUAAGGUUUCUUGACUAUUACUAUUUUGCGAUAAGUGUUUGCAAAGCUGGAUGUUUCUAGCCUAUAUAAUACAUGCAAAAUAAGAUACCUGUCGUUA